AUGCACAUUUCUAACUCUGCUGCAUGUGUUGAGUUGACAACGAACAAAGGCCCAUUACGCCUAUCCUCCGUCUACCUCCGUCCCUCUAUUGUGGAUUUUUCGGCCACAACCCUGACCAUCCUUGAGGCACUCUCUGCUCCCUUUUCGAUAAUCGGUGCUGAUGCCAAUGCAAGAUCUCGGAUGUGGGACAGCCCUUUCAAUGAUAAGCGUGGGUCUGAUCUGGAGUCUCUGCUGACCUGCUCUAACCUAAGAGUUGUCAAUCAACCUCACUCUGAGCUUGAUUUUGUUCCUGCCGGGACAUCAUUUGUCGAUCUUACCCUCGCAGGUGAUAAAGUCUGUAUUCACAGCUGGCUCUUCCUGGACACUCCUUCUCUCUCAGACCACCCUUAUAUCUUUUUUGAGAUCAACCAUGGAGAUUUUGCUAAAACUAAAAGGAAGCAUUUACGUCCGUCAGUUCCUAAAUUACCUUUCAUCCACCGCGAGCUAUUUUCUCUCGAACUAACGAAAGCACUACAUAGUUAA